AUGCCUUUCACAACCCAGCAGAACGGACCCAUUCCUGUCAUCAGCAAGGAUGCCAACGGCAAAGCAGCCAAAGGCGGAGAUGGCAUCACCGAAUGCGAUCCCAUCUUCGCGGCGGCCAAGGCGGACGAUAUCGAAGAGAUCAAGCGCCUGCUGUCGGAGAAGCCCGAGCGCCUCAACAUGAAGUGCGCGGCAUGCAACGGGAUCACGCCCAUCAUGGCGGCGGCGAUCGCGAACAAGCUGUCGGCCGUGAAGCUGCUCUCGGACAAGGGCGCGGACGUGACAAUCCGCGACGCCAGCAGCUACACGAUCCUCAAACUGACGCUCGACCAAGGCGACGACAACAAGGCGGUGGCCGAAUGGAUCGUGGCGAACCACCCGGAGCUGAUCGUGACGGACCCGCGCCUGCCCAAGGGCGAGGACUGGCUGAACGCGCAGUUCAGCGUCAUGUCCGACAAUAUCGAGGACCAGGCCAGCAAGCCGCCGCCGGAGGUCCUCAAGUACCUGAUCGAUGGCUAUCCGAACAAGCUCCCCGCCGACACCGGCCGCACCGUGUCCGAGGUCUACUGGGAGCAUAUCCUGCUGCGCUACAUCGGCGAUAUCCCGCUGGACAUCACCCGGAACUACUCCGUGGACCUCAAGAUGGCGUUCGUCGGCACCUUCGAUCGCAUCCUCUACAAACACGAGGGCAUCCAGGAGUCCGCCCGCCUGCUCAACAGCGUGCUGCCCACCACCCAGUACAACAUCAUCGGCACCCACGUCGUCCCCAAGCAGGGCUGGGUCACCGAGCGCUGGGAGUACCACGACAAGGUCCAUAACCUGCAGGUGCUGGACGGUAUCGAUACCUUCCUGAUCGAUGCCAAUGCGGGCAAGAUCGAGGUCAUGCUCAUCAACUAUAAUGUCUACGAGAUGGAGUGGCUGGAUGAUCCCGAGAAAGGCAAGCCUGGCCCUGGUAAGUUGCUGUUGUGGUAG